AUGGAAUUAUGCGAGGAGUCCUCCGAGUCUUGUGAAUCUUCGGGAGUUCAAACUCAAAGUAAUUCAGAAUCACAGGAUUCCGAAGAAUGUUCGGAAAGCCAGGAGGGUUCUGUAAGCCAGGAGAGUCCAGAGAGUCAAAAGAGUUCUGAAAGUCAAAAUAGUAGUGGAAGUCAAAAGAGUUCUGAAUGUCAAAAAAGUUGUGGAAGUCAAAAGAGUUCUAAAAGUCAAAAAAGUAGUGGAAGUCAAAAGAGUUCUGAAAGUCAAAAAAGUUGUGAAAGUCAAAAGAGUUCUGAAAGCAAGCAGUCGUCUGAAAAUGAAUUGACAGUAACUUCGAAAGUAACAAUAAUUGACAUCCCUUACUGUACCUGUGAGUCCCACGGAGGUCAUUCAACUGACUACCGACGGAAGAAGGCGAAGAUGAUUCCUAGGAGUAGAGCUAUCAGGGCGAAGCACCACCACAAGGGCAGGAAGCCCAACUACUAUUGCAUCUGCAACAACCCCAACCGACCUUGCAUAUGCAACAAGAAGCCCAGGCUUCCGCCGCCACAAAAGAUGAAGCGGGAGAUCCUCAGGAACGGCCAGAAGUACACCUACCUUCCCAACUGGCUCGUCGGUAGGCUAAUAGACAUAUUUAAAGAGCAAGAGAGGAAGAAGUCAAAGUCAAAGUCGAAUUCAAAUGUCAACAUGUCAGAUCCGGAAAUAUUAGCCCUUGGUGUGAGGAAAGGGGAACGGAAGAGGAAGUCAGAUCCUCAGAAGAAGAAGACGAAAGGCCACAACGAAGAGAAUAAGCCGCAGCAGCAACAGCAGCAGCAGCAGCAGCAUCAGCAACAGCCUCAGCAGCAUCAGCAGCAUCACGGGGAAAACAGGAGCUAA